AUGGGACAAAGCUCGGAAGUUCACCCGGAAUUUGGAUUCCCACAAAUUCGGAAAACGUCAAGUUUUGUAUUCUGGAAUCGGACGCGGCUUUAUAUUAUGGUUUUGACGUUGGCCUGCCUAACAUUUAUCCAAAUGAACACGCUCACAUUCAAUUUUACCGUUAUCUGUAUGGAAGACAUUGUGGAAGAUUAUAACUUACUCACUAACUACACAGACACUCACUGGUUCGAGCGAAACACUGAAAAAUCGCUACUCUUCUCGGGUGCCGCUAUCGGCGGCCUGAUUGGCCUGAUCCCAGCUGUCCCGCUUAUCAGCUCACUGGGCCUUGGAAAUGUUCAAACCAUAUCCGGCAUCAUUUCCGCAUUCGGAGCAUUUCUAUUCCCUCUUGCAGUAUCCAUCGGGUUCUAUACAUCAUUAUUGUGCAGGAUCUUGCAAGGAGUCGGAUCUGCGAUCAUGUUCACUACAGUUGGCGUGGUGCCAGGUGUUUGGGCUCCGAGUAACGAGGCGAACACUUUUAUGGCAAUAUUGUCAUGUGCUCUUCAAUUGAGUAAUAUUAUUUGUAUGCCGGUAUCCGGGCUACUUUGUGAAUCGGCAUUGGGAUGGAGGUCGAUUUAUUAUCUGUUUGGUGGAUUGACGUUUAUCAUUUACAUAGUUUUUUGGUUCACCUAUUCGGAUGAUCCAAAGCUUCAUAGAAACGUGUCCCAAAAAGAGCUCGGAAAAAUCUCCACCGGAAAAAUCGAAAAAAUCAAGGAACCAGUUCCAUAUCUAGCCAUCUGCACCGACCCAACUGUUCUAAUCACUUGGACGUCCUGCUUCGGAGGCAACAUGGCCUUCUUCGCCCUUUCGCUUUAUGGUCCAACUUAUCUCCGAGAAAUUCUCAAGUUUGAUGUAAGGGAGACUGGAUUCUUGUCUGCGCUUCCAUUUAUUCUAUCAGCGAUCGUCAAGUUCGGAGCAGGACAGCUCUCAGACCGAAUGACAUUCCUUUCGGAAAAGGCACGCUUCGUGUUUUUCGCUGCAACCUCUCAAAUUGGAUUCGCCGUCGGGCUAGUGGUUAUGGCGUUCACUUCGGAUCGUCUAAUUGCUCAAAUCGCGUUCAACUUUGCAAUUGUGUCUUCUGGCUUGAAUAUAAUGGGUGUGAUUAAGUGUAUUCAGUUGCGCUGCCGUCAACACGUUCACUUCGCGAUUGCUGUAAUCUCCUUCACAGCCUACGUUGUCCAAUUCCUUGCGCCAAUAAUUGUCAGCAUUAUUUGCCCGGACAACACUCCAGAACAGUGGACAAUUCUGUUCCUAUUCAUCACUGGUGUUAUCAUCGUCUGCAACGCUGGCUUUCCGUUCAUCACUAGAUCCGACCCAGCUGCUUAUACGAAACAGAUAAACGUUGAGAAUGUAGAGAAAUAG